AUGUCUAGUGAAGGAGCUGUUCCAAGCAGCCAUGCUCCAGAGUUGGCAGCUAAUCCACCGCUAAGUCAACCAACACCUAUCUCGGACAUCAAGCAGCUGGUUCGGUCUUUUACCAACAGAGGUGCAUACGCCAAACUGGAAGAUAUCGAUCUUGAAGUUGGGAAAAGUAAAGAUGCCCAGGUCACUGUGGCCGAGGUCCAGAAAGACGAGCAUGACGAAUGCCACCAUUCACCUGAGCCGCUGCCAUCGAAGAAGUAUGGACGUGUUGCUAGGAAUAUUCGAUGGACCUUUCUCAAUGUCUACGAGAGGCUGGCAUUCAUCGUGCUGCUGCCCAACCUUGUCAUGAUGGUCUAUUUGCUCGUUCAACCCGAUACAUUUAGCUCACCGACGAGACUUUCAACACCAGUUGCUGCCAACAUUACUUUGACUGUUCUGAUACGAAACGAGCAUAUCAUUAAUUUCCUGUUCUGGUCAUUUGGAAAAGCACCGAAGAGUUGGCCACUGGGAGUUCGCCGGGUCAUCGCAAAGCUUUACCACCUUGGUGGCAUACAUUCGGGCUGUGGCGUUGCUGCCAUCUUGUGGUUCGGUUUGUUCAAUGGCGCCGUCAUGAACAUGAUGACAAACCUCAAAUAUCAGGGCAUAAGAGGUGGCAGUUUCUUCAUCACGAUUCUGCUAGAUCUUCUCCUGCUGAAUAUCUUGGUGCUCUCACAUCCUAAGCUGCGUGCUCGAUACCACAACAUGUGGGAGCAGAUGCAUCGGUUCGCAGGCUGGGCAGCCAUUGGUCUUUUCUGGCUUCACCUUUUCCUCUUCAAUCACGUGCAAUACAGGCUCAACGACAACAAAGGCUGGCUUGAGAUCUUGUACAAGACUCCAAACUUCUACUUUUUACUCAUCACUACAUUCGUCAUAUUCGAACCUUGGUUCCGUCUGAAGAAAGUCCCCGUUCGAGCUGAAACACUCUCAGACCAUGCAAUAAGGCUACAUUUCACCCAUCAAAACCUGGCAAUAUGCACGACGCCACGAUUUUCUGAUUACAUCCUGAAGGAGUGGCAUGCUUUUGCAGCUAUUCCAGCUGAGGACGGUAUUGGCUACAGUGUCUUGAUCUCAAAGGCGGGUGACUGGACUACUAAAGUUAUUAAAACUCCACCCAAGGAACUCUGGACGAAAGGUACACCGGCGCGUGGAGCACUAUACAUGGGAGUUGUAUUCAAGAAGAUCGUGGUUGUCGCAACAGGGUCUGGUAUUGCUCCGAUUCUCUCACUCUUGCAAGCUCCUAACCUCGACGUUCGGAUUCUGUGGUCCACACCUGGUCCUCCUGAAAAAGUCUUUGCACCAUAUAUUGUCGAUUACGUCAAGAAGGCAGACUCCGAGGCGGUCAUUAUCGACACUCGCAAAGCUGGUCGCCCGAACCUUGUCGAAGAGGCGUGGAAGAUUUAUUGCUCUUCGGGCGCGGAGGCUGUCUUCAUCAUCUCAAAUGCGGCUGUGACCAGAAAAUUCGUCUACGGCUUGGAAUCUCGUGGUGUUCCAACUUUUGCUCCCAUCUUCGAUUCCUGA